ACGGCAUCAUCAUUAUCAACUGCCGCACAGACUUUGCUUGAGAAUAAGGAGAACCAACUGCCUCCUGGCAAUCUUCCAACAGAUCCACAGCCUGCAACCAACACAGAUAAUGUUACUGCAGCUGUGUCAUUUCCCCCUCAGUGCAAGUCCGAGGAGACUUCUCAGGAGAAGGAAGCUCCAACCAAAACUGGGCCCACGACUGAAGACGUAUUAGAAGUUCAGACUCGCGUCAAAAUGGAUUCAGACCCCCCUUCUGACUAUGGUCAUUAUAAGGUCGUUGAUCGUAGCCCCAAUCGCAAGUCAAUACGACUGAAAUUAAAGAAAAUUCUGCCCGGUAAAGGGGAAGAUGAACCCUCCGGGUGCACUAAAGCCACCUCACCUGAUCAGAAGAUGACCUGUAAAAUUUGUGGUGAAGACUGCGCUUCCUUCAGAGUUCUGCGAAAACACCUUCGUUGCCAGCACCCAAAGGUCAAGGAGCCGACUGUUUGCGAUAUGUGUGGUGAGGACUGUGGUUCCUUACGGCGCCUCCGGGCACAUGUCCGUUCGCAGCAUCCAAUUACCAAAGUUCAUCGUUGUGAAGUGUGCAACAAGGAAUUCACUCAGGAAUGUUCUCUGGUAUAUCACUUGGCUUUCAUGCAUUCCCGUGAGUCCGCACUUUUUGACUUUAUUUGA